AGUUUUACAGUCUCGUUACAGGAUAUAAACUGUUGGACAUACUUUUAGAUUUUAUUGCUUGGUGUCGGAUAUAUUCUCUUUUUUAUUCUUUUUUAAAAUAAAAAUGGGAGACGGAUCAGGUUACGACCAACACGUGGAUCUAUACACUGACAAAAAUGCCAGUUACUGGAUACCCUCUCUCUAUCAACCAGGACAACAGCAAACUGGUUAUACACCACAACAUCCGGCUUAUCCACCAGAACAACCAGGUAAUGUCCAACAACCCUACAACAAUACCAAAACCACCUUGGUGGUUAAUCAACCUCAGACCGGGAAAGUGAUCAUUCAGCCACGACCCCCAAAUCGCAUGGUGGAUUCCAUACUUGCAUGCCUUUGCUGCUUCUUGCCAACAGGCAUUUUUGCGAUCUACUAUGCAAAACAGGCUAACCGUCUUGUGAGUGCAGGUGAUUACGAGGGAGCGAGAUGGAUGUCAGACAACGCCCGGAAGUUUAUAAUUAUAAGUGUGUUCCUUGGAUUUAUUUUGGUCAUAUUUUGUACUUUUUAUGCACGACAGCACUAUAGCAUGUACAACUAGACAGAAAAUCGGGAUAUAUCGUCAUUGACCAUUGCCGGAAUGAUGCUAACUUUUAAUAGAAACGUUUUCAUAUGAAGGAUGCAUAAACACUGUUUGUACGUGUAUAUAGCAUUACACAUUUUGUAAUACUGAUACUGCUGUUUACCAUACUAGUGUUAUAUAGAUUAUUGCUGUAUAUAAUUGGGAAGUACAAUUAUUUCUUUUUACUUCAAUCGACAAUUGACAUCUAUUUAAUUUACGAUCAAACACGAACAGAAAUGUUCCUAUAACGGCCGCCAGUUUUAAUUUGCCGCGCCAAUAUGUGGCAAAAACAUCAAGUACUUCUGUACAUGCUAUCUUGAAAUUCUUUCACGACAGUAAAGUACGUUAAGUCCUCAUGCACGACAUACUUUUCAAUUUGAUUGUAUGCCACUAACAAAGCAUCAGUCAACAUUUAAAACUUAACUUUCCCAUGGGAAAUGCCAUUUUCCCAUAAGAAUGCGGUCUUUUCCAUAGGAAAAUGACUUUCCCAUGGGAAAGAAAUGUAAAUUUUCCCAUGGGAAAUAAAUAUAUUUUUAAAAUGUUAAAUCAUUAUCUUUUUGACUUAUUCCACACCCGGGACACCAUAUUAUGUCUUUGUAAAAGGUUAGUUAUCAUUUUGAAAAAAGUUAGAUUUUC